UUGGUGGUGUUUGGGGUGACAGCGGCAUGGCCAUUAGCCGGGGGCGCGGCAAUCGCACGCACUCUUGGUUUCUACUCAAAGAUUCGGUAAUAUUUGUGUUGGUGAUGUGUGCGCUGCAGCUGCUGCAGGCGCAUGCAUUAAGCAAGCUGGUGAUAAACGCAGAGAUGCUGCGCGCCAACGCCAGUGGUGGUGCAGACCAGCGGCGGCCCACAACUAAUGCUGCGAGUAGCAGUAAUGCGUUAAACGCUGUGGAACGCGGAGUAAAACAGCUAAUGGAGAAGAUAUUUCUAAGCGAGAAUUUAGUAGAGCAAACCAAAGAAGCGGUUGAGAAAUUAGCAACCGUGGGCUCAAAGCAAGCGAGUGCCAGCAACAGUAUUAGUAAUAGUAUAAAUAGGAGUAGUGGACGUAGUAGUAGCAACAACAACAACACCAGUAACCACAAUUAUAGCAUAAGUAACAGUAGCAAUACAAGUAACACGUCCUCAGUGCCGCAAACCGGCAGCAACAAAACGUUUACGCCAAUUAGCGCCAAGCCAAAUGAUAAAUCACCAGCGGCAAAUGAAAGUGUCACAAACGAUGUGAGCAGCACGAAUACACAGAAUAGUACACAAUUUAUCAAAGCUUUUGGCGCUCAGCCACCAGCACAAGUUGACGCAAGUAACCCCUCAGCGAGUGGAAAUGCCACCGCCAGCGUAACUGGCGGCAGCCACCAAACGAAACGCAUUGCCAUCACUAUGCCCGAGCAUAUACGUGAAAAUGUUGUGCUCUCCUCGCUGGAUCCCGAAAAGGAGGCACAGUUGUUGUACGAACAAACACUGCUGGAGUAUCAUGGCAGUGUGCAGGCAGCUGCCGCAAGCAAUGACAACCCAACGGCUGCGUCUACUGAUAAGCCGGCGUUAUUGGGUAGUGAACGUGCAACACCAUUGGCAGGCGCAUCAGCGGAUCGUUUGCCGCGCACUCUGCAUGCCGUUUGUGAGGUGUGGACACAGAAGCAUUGCCACUGCACGGGCACUUUGGAGCGGCUGGCACUAAGCUGUCGUGGCAUAGGCAUUGUAGCGGUGCCAGUGGAGCUGCCCGACGAUGUCGUGUCAUUAACUUUAUCCGACAAUAGCAUCAUUAAUAUUGAUCCGAAUGCAUUUUAUGGACUUGGUAAAUUGAAACGUCUGAAUUUACAAAAUUGUGGCCUUAAAUCACUGCCAGCGCAUGCGUUUCAAGGAUUGAAGAAUUUAAUUUCGCUUCAGCUGAAUGGCAACGCCUUAGCCAGCAUGGACACGGAUAGCCUGCAGCAUCUGCCAAAAUUGCGCACUCUACGCCUCGAGGGCAAUCUAUUCUAUCGGAUACCGGCAAACGCUUUGGCUGGAUUAAAGGCACUCGAAGCACUAAAUCUUGGCAGCAACCUUCUGACAAUAAUCAACGAUGACGACUUUCCACGCAUGCCAAAUUUAGUUGUGCUACUUUUAAAACGCAAUCAAAUUAUGAAAAUCUCAGCGAAUGCAUUUGCAAAUCUAACAGCUUUAAAGGUUUUAGAACUGGAUGACAAUUUGAUCAACAGCUUGCCUGAGGGAUUGAACAAGUUAACACAUUUACAGGAAUUAUCUGUCACCAGCAAUCGCCUGCGUUGGAUAAAUGAAACAGAUUUGCCUAGAAAUUUACAAACGCUAGAUUUUCGCGCGAAUCCAUUGUCGUUAAUAAUGCCGAGAGCAUUGCGUGGCAUGGCGAGGUUGCGUAAAUUAAUUCUUUCCGAUGUACGUGCACUCAAAGUAUUUCCCGAUCUUGAAGGCUGUUUCUCAUUAGAGAUUAUAAAAUUGGAUCGUGCCGGUAUUAAAGAAGUGCCAUCAAACCUGUGUCGUCAAACACCAAGACUGAAGAGCUUAGAGCUUAAAACUAAUUCCUUAGUGCGCAUUCCCAACUUAGCUAAUUGCAGAGAAUUAAGACUGUUAGAUCUUUCGAGUAAUCACAUAGAAUCGCUCGGUGGGCGACCCUUCGUCGGCUUAAAGCAACUUCAUGAUUUAGUGCUCUCUUACAAUCGCAUAAAGGCGAUACCACAGGAUGCCUUCUUCGGCAUUCCGCGACUGCAGUUGUUAGACUUGGAAGGCAAUGAAAUCGCCUCAAUACACAAAGAAGCCUUCAUGCCAUUUGCCAAAUUGGAAGACUUAAAUUUAGGCAAUAAUAUCUUCCCCGAACUGCCAUCGGCUGGCUUGAAUAAGCUGCUGCAUUUAAAGACUUUCAACAAUCCCAAAUUACGCGAAUUCCCAGCGCCUGACACAUUUCCGCGCAUACAGACGCUGAUCCUCUCAUAUGCAUACCACUGCUGUCCCUUCAUACCGCUAGUAGCAAUGUCCGCCACGAAGAAGCCACCCCUAGUGCAAGAGGCAGUGCUCUUUCCCUCCGACUCCGAAUUCGAUAUGAGCUUGUGGAAUAACAGUAUGAUGGAUAUAUGGCCGCAGUUGCAGAAUCUCAGCAAAAAGUUUGGCAACCAAAUGCACGAUAUCUGGGAUAACUUCGGUCAAGACUUCAAUUACCCUGGCAAUACUCCCACCUAUGUCGAGGAAUACUUCGAGGAAGAAAACACAGGCACGACCACCACAGCAACAGGCAUGGCCAGCAGUUUUGCUGGUUUUAGCACUGGCCUCUUCGGCACUGUAGACACCGAAAUAGCGCCUGGCUCCAUACAAUGCCUACCCAUGCCCGGCCCCUUUCUGCCCUGCGCUGAUCUCUUCGACUGGUGGACUUUGCGCUGUGGCGUUUGGGUUGUCUUCCUGCUGGCGCUGCUGGGGAACGGCACCGUCGUUAUAGUGCUCAUGUUCUCCCGUUCCAAAAUGGAUGUGCCACGUUUUUUGGUAUGCAAUUUGGCUGCAGCCGACUUCUUCAUGGGCAUUUACCUCGGCAUACUCGCCAUAGUAGAUGCUUCAACAUUGGGAGAAUUUCGUAUGUUCGCCAUUCCUUGGCAGAUGUCGCUUAUGUGCCAGUUCGCCGGGUUCUUAGCCGUGCUCUCUUCGGAGUUGUCAGUGUAUACGUUGGCCGUGAUUACGCUGGAACGCAAUUACGCCAUAACGCAUGCGAUACACUUGAAUAAACGGCUGUCACUGCGUCAGUCAGCAUACAUUAUGGCGGUGGGCUGGACCUUUGCGCUGAUCAUGGCGGCUCUGCCAUUAGCUGGCAUCUCUGAUUACCGCAAGUUUGCCGUGUGUCUGCCAUUCGAGACGACAACUGGCGUGGCCAGCCUGACUUAUGUUAUUGCGCUGAUGUUCAUCAAUGGUUGUGCGUUUGUGACGCUUAUGGGCUGCUACCUGAAAAUGUAUUGGGCCAUCCGCGGUUCACAGGCCUGGAAUACCAACGAUUCCCGUAUUGCGAAACGCAUGGCACUACUGGUCUUUACCGAUUUCCUCUGCUGGUCACCGAUUGCCUUCUUCUCCAUCACUGCCAUCUUUGGACUGCAGCUAAUCUCGCUGGAGCAAGCCAAGAUUUUUACAGUUUUCGUGCUGCCGCUGAAUUCGUGUUGCAAUCCUUUCUUGUACGCAAUUAUGACAAAGCAAUUUAAGAAGGAUUGCAUAACGCUGUGUAAGCACUUCGAAGAGGCGCGCGUAACACGUGGCGCCGGUGCCGCCGCUGCUACAGCACUCCCCGGUGGGCUUGGAAGGCGUGGCGGUGUGCGCGUAGCCAAAGAGCUGCCACCUUUGCUGCCUGCAGCGCAUCCGCCCGGCUGUCGGUGCUUGCGAAUGAUGCCCAAUGAAAUGCCCAAUUGGCAUAAGCUGCAGGAGCGUGAACGUGUUCGCAACACAUGGGCGUCCAGUACAUGGCAUUGGUUGGCAAUCUGCUGUCAUUGCGCGGAUCCGGAUGAUGAUGACGAUGAUGAUGUGGAGGCGCGUCAUCUCGGCGGUGGUCGUCGCCAACGGAAGUCGCAUAAGGCGAGUAAUCGCCAUACGCGUACGCGUUCGCAUAAUGCGGCAACAGAUCCGUACCUCUAUCAGUUUGCUGAGCUGAAACAGAAGCAGAAACAGACACGCGCUAGCUCGAUAUCUAGUGAGAAUUUCUGUUCAUCGCGUUCAUCUAGCUGGCGUAAUGGUCCACCCUCGGCUGGCGCGGUACCGCAUACUUGCAACGUACCACUCAAGAUGAUGGAUCCGAAUCGACGGAGACAUUCUGCGUGGCUGAUAACGCGAAAGACUUCGCAAGACUCUAACUUGUCGAGCUCUCGCAACGACAGCUCAGCUUCGGCGACCACGGCAAGCACUUCCACCUUCCGGUUAUCGCGCUCAAGUGCGGGCAGUACAACGCCAUUGCCGUCUAUAAUGGCUCAUAGCAGCAAAGCACAGCAACAACAACUACAACAGCACUCCACUCUACCCUCAAAACCGCGUCUCGUCCGUCAGGAGGCCGUUCAAGAGGAAGAAGACUCAUCUCCACCACGCCUUGGCGUACGCUUUCUACCCACUAUACCGUCAGCAGCAGAUAGUUCCAUUAUCAUGGAGGACGGCGACUCAGCCAUGAACGUAGCCAGUGUGAUGGGUAUGCCGCUGCCAGGUGCAGCGAGCGGUUUUUACACUGUGCUGCAGGCGCAAAGUGGUGGUGCGGCGAAAACACUGCUCACCUCGACGACGAGUCCACAAUUCGAUACACCGAAAGAAGAACAUCCACCAUGACACUGUUUGGGUUGGUUCGUCGGCGGGCAACAAAAGCGAAUGAGAAAACAAAAACCACCAAAACGUGAUAGCAACAAAAAAAGUGGCAUUAGUGAGGCAUUUCUCUAACGGACGUAUUGAAAUUUACUGUUCAUACACAUAUACAUAUGUAUGUUCGAAUAAUUAAAUAUACAUAUGUACUCUUCGAACGCAUGCAUGGCAUAAGUAGUCAAUUUGUACAGUAGCUGAUAAUAAUGGCGUGUUUCUAAAUGUGUGAAUGUUUGUGGAUAUGUAACCGCAAAAGUACUUAAAAUAUUUUAAAUAUUUAAAAAGCUAAAAAAUGCUUACAAAACAUAAGUAUGUAUGUACAAUAUAUAAGUUUAGCAAUACAGAUUCACACAUACAUAAAUAUUUAAGUGUGCAUUGAAAAGCAUGUUAUAGAAAAUAAGUAUUUAUUGCAUAAAAAUAAGCUAAACAUAUAUGUAUGUAUAUGUAUGCAUUCAGUUUUGCUGGCGCUAAAAUAGUACUUAAAUAACUGCGAAAAUUAUUUAUUUCAAAUACUUUUUAUCCUCAAAUAUACUAUGAUG